AUGCCUAUUCCAACACGUUCAUUUUCGCUGCGCGAUCCCCCACGACCUGCCACAAAACCCCCCACUCCACUACCCGGCACCGCUAGCCUGAGCAAGGACUCUGCUCGAGAGACGAAUAGCAAGAACCGCUCGCCAUCAAAUCCCUCGCCGGUCGAGGGUGUUGCUUUGAAAGACAAUGGACCCACUGCUCGAGGAAAAACCCUACUUCCUCAGCGCAGUAAUCUUGCCCUAGACAAUGGUCGUGGCACGGGACAUGGGCGCAUUCAGCCACCUAGCACCAAGCCGAAACCACGCGGGCACCCGUCACCAAUUAGACAGCCAGAGAUAUCGCCAGCUAGGAAACAAACACAGGCAGAUUCCACAGCAAUAAAGAUUGGGGUAGUGCCCAGCCGUCGUCAAAGCAUCAUGCGACCUGGUGCCUUGAAGGUGCCUUUAGCGAAGAUCACGGUCGCUUCGUCAAAGAGCUCGGCACAAUCAUUCGCGCCGCCCUCACCCCGCAAAGCUCCAGGAAGGCCAUCACCAGUUCAGCCUCAUACAAUCAGAAGCCCCUCUUCACCCAAGAAAACAGAGACGCUACCUCCACCACGUCCCACACGGUCCCUCUCUUUACGGCAACCUGUCAGCGCUAGCAAGGGACCACCCACAGCUGCCAAAACACAUGUUCGGCACAAGAGUCAGCUGGCACAGAAUACAAAACAAGCCGAAACAACCCCGGCAAUCGGCCAACGUGCACGAGCACACUCAACAUACCAACGGCCGUCGUCCCCUAAAAAAUCGUCCAAUCCUCCAACGCCUACCCCUGGAGCCGAACCUCAGCCUGGAAAUGUGCUUAUCCCUUCGCCGUGGCCGGAUAUCGCAGCACUACAAACAGAACUUCUUCAGCUCAGUCUUUUCUAUUCCAACUCACUACAAAGCCAAGCUGAAUGGAAGUCUGAUUCCGAGUCACGUCUGCGCAAAAAGUAUGACAGCGUCGCUAGCCAAUAUCGAUUGGUACUAGCAAAUGAAACGCAACAGCAGUGUCACCUGAAUGCACAGGCCCUACGGCUUUGGCUUUCUAAUUGUCGCGAACAUCGCGGUCCGCAUGAUUUCUCCGAGCAAAUUCAAAUUCUAUCACGGGUUUUACAGGAUGUCUCGGACAUGAUUGCUGGCAGUCGAGGUGCACAGUACUCUCGGGCUGUAAAGACCUUCGAAGACUGGCUCAACCAAGCGGAGCUUAUUCGCCAUAAACGUGGGUCGGGGUGCCUUGAUGUCGGCGCCUUUAUUGAUCCCCUGGGGCGAAGCUGGAAAGAAUCAUUGCAUGCUUUAAAUGUGAAGUUGGAACUCUGCGUACGCCAAUUACAAGUACUUGAUAUCCCGGGCUUGGGGGAAUUGGAGCGUCUAGAACAGUCUGCUCUUGCCAGAGUGGCCAGGAAUCUGGUUGAAUUGAUACAGCUUAUGAUGCAGGAGAUUCGUGCCAUGCAAACAUUGGAGACAGAAGUGGUGCGUUCAGAAAGAGAUUAUGUCGGCCUUCUUGCGACGCAGCUGGUAGGCUCUAUGAAGGAAACGAGGGCUCCCCAAGUCGGCGCAUGGAGGAGCUAG